AUUCUUCAGACAUCUCAUGUCGGUAAUAUUCCACGAGAACCCGGGAACAAGUCUCGGGUCAGUGGUACCCGACACAAAUACUUCAUUUGAACGAGAAUCACAGUUAUCAGUGAAAACAAGUCCCGAAUGGAUUGAUGAAUUAUUUCCAAAUGUUUCAUUUAUUGAUUCACCCACACAUCAAGUGAUUCGAGGAUUUUGUAGAGACGUUUUUGUAUACAGAUUACCUGGCGGAUUUCGAGUUCGCUACUGGGAUGCUGUAAUACUUGUACCCAAUAUCCUGUUUUUACUAUUUUUAAUUUUGAAAUGUGGAAGUGUAAUUCGAAAACUGCGAACAGGAAAUUCUCCAGUCCUACGUGCAUUUACUCUUCUUGUCUACGUGUCAACACUUGUUAACAUCAUUCGAUGUGCAUACAGUAUGACACUUUCAAUGACAGAUGGACUUGAACAAACAGUCGAUCAAACUUUAUGGAUUAUCAUCAAAUUCUUUUAUUUGACCGCCGAGUUUUGUGCAUUGACAUUUGGAUUGCUUUUCGGCCAUUUGGAUAAUGGAAAAUCCAUUUUAAUUGCAUUGCUUGGAACAUUACUUGUGUCAAUUCCACAUACGGCUGUGCAAGUUAUCAUCGAGAUGAAAAUUAUUGAUAAUUCCUGGCUUCCACUAACCUAUUUCGAUAUCCAAUCAGAUGGUGGUUUCCUAUUCUGGGUCUUCUCAUCUGCAGUUCUUGCUCUUGUCUAUUUUUUCAUAAUGUGCCUUCCACUUGUAUGCUGUCAGAAAUACACGAAACUUCCAAGUAAAGGAAGCUUUUUGAUUUAUUGUAUGAUGAUGGUUGUGCUCAAUGUGCUACAAUCCAUGGGAGCUGCUCUUAUUCUUUUCAAGUCUUCUGAUGGACUUUGCUUUGUCGGAGUUUCAACAUAUGUAUAUUUUGUGCUUUACCCUCCAAUUAUUUACUUCACUUUCUUAAGGAAAAAAUUAAAAACUCCUCCAAACAAUACAUCUGGACUGUUUAUGUACCGAAAACACAAAGACGAACAAGGCUCCGGGGACUUACCAGAUUCAUAUUAUCCCCGAUUCUCUGGAUUAACAUCUCCUAGUUAUGAUGAUUUGUUUGAUUACGAUAGGGAUGCAAGAUUCACCCAUUAUGAUAUCUCAAGAAACGAAUAUGUUCAGAAUCCUCACUACAACACAUAUUCAACUCCACUUAUAAUGACAUCAGUGGAGACUGCCGAAUCUACAGUAACCACAAGAACUGGAUCAGAUGAUUAUGCUCAUCACAGAGAUUCAAUGCUCUCCGAACCAUCAACAGGAACAACAACUCGUCAUUUAAAAGGACUUGGACCACAAGGUUCACUUGUUUUCGAAGAUGAUCCAUCAUCACUGACAAGCCUUCGAAUGUAGAUUUUUCCUUUUUCUUUUUCAAUUUAUUAUGCGUUCACAGAAACUGGUAUUUCUCUUUGAAUGCACAAUAUUUUCCCCAUUUCAUGUACUUCAUUUUCUACAAUCAAUCUUGAUUUUCCAUAUUCCCCAAGUUUUUAAUUUCCUCCCGGUCAUUUCUCAUUCUCACAUCCUUUGGGUCUCAUUACGAAAAAAACACCGAUAAUUGUCAAAAAGAUUAUCACUUGGAUCAUAUUGACUCCUCUCGUUCAUUGUCUAUUAAUGUGACCGGUUACCUGUAUUUGUACAUAGAAUAGGCACUUUCAACCAAUCAUUUGAUUACUUGUAUUACUUUCAGAUCACACAGCUUUUAUCUUGUUUUUAUUCAGGCUUUUCAAGUGGAAAAGUUCUCGAAUUAUUUUUAUUUUAUGUACGGUUUUACGAACGUUUUGAAUAAAAUAUUGUUGAAACGAUG